AAAGAUUAUCCUGUAAUGUGGUGUAGCCAAGCAUUCACACUAACAUUUGCAAUGUAAAUAUUUUCAUUUUUGUAAAAAAACUUAACAGAUAUUCAGAGUAUUCUUUUUUUCUCCAACUCCAUACUUGGCAUUAGCUGGAUAGUUGUUUACCAAAACAUUUGUUUGCCACAAUUUUCUAUGUAUUGCUAAAAUAUUUACACGGGUGGUGCAAUAGUAGGGGUCCAUGUGAGUAUGAAAUGCGCUAUAUACUGUUUUGCCUUACAGUACUAAUAAACGAAAUUGCCUGCAACACACCACACAGCUAUUCAAAACUAAUCAGUCAGAUAAAAAAACGCAAUUUCACAAACCUCAUAAAUCCUUUUUCUUAUUCGUGCAACUUUUCCUGCUAUUUGCAGUACACCCUCCUCGCCUAUGGGGUCGCCGUGGGCCGCAGAUAGGAAUUUAAGUUCGCUUUUUGUCCUCUAGAGGGCGGGAAAUGCCAUCAAAUUGGCACAGCCGGUGAUGUGAAAUGGCGUCCCGAUCGAAACUUAUUCGCUUCGACACUUUACAGAAAUGCUGUCAAGCUUUCAUUCAUAAACCUCUGCGGAUUUUACAACUUUAUCAGCGGAUACUAAAAUAGGGCCGUCGUCUCUUCAACGUCACUGAUGUUCAACAGAUUAACAGUCGUGAAGUAUGUACGUAGCUAUAGGGGGCUAAGCCAAACCAACGGUUGGCAUCAACCGAUGCUUUUUCCGCUAGCAGCCGCACGUGACCUAAAGCCGAGAUCAUGGGAGAUGUAGUUUUCAAGACCUUUCUCCCAAUCCGGCCACAAAGGGAACACGAGCCGGUGCAUUACAAAUACCACAGUGCACCGCGUUGUUGUUGUGUCGCGGCGCCAUCUUGACUCCUCCUCAUGAAUAUAAAUCAGAAGGUAUUUGCGUAGGAGGUCGGCCGACGUUCAUUGCAUAUUCGAGCAGUGCAUUUUCGUCCAAGCGGGUCGCGCAGUCACGUCUCCGCCCUGAAAUGUCCCUACGCGCGCCCUGCCUCCUCUUUCUCAUCGACUUUAAUCGGUAAAAUGUUCCCUCGGAGCGACGGAGGAGACAGCGACAGGAGAAAACAAAAAGGCGGGGAGUGAAUGACUCCUAACGGAACAAGUGACCGACGGCGCCCGUUUGGUGUGUCUUCACCACGGUGGGAACGUACUCUGGCUUUUAAAUGCAGAAGCGGUCGACGGAACCAAGUGCGCACCGUCAUUUAGUCUGAGGCGGGGGGUGAUUUCUUACUGGCGGCAAUGGAGACCGAGCAGGCUGCAUCUGAGGAUGGAAACAAGUUAACGAAGAAGCCCAGUGGAGUGUCCAGCGGCUGGCGGACUCCAGCGGACGGCGGCGGCGGGCAUCUGUCUCCUUCCUCCAUAGACGCAAAGAACGGCAAUGGUGUUCCCCACGCGAGCCGAACUGCGGCGUUGAACGGCCGAGUCUUAUCCGGUAACUCCGGCUCCCUGCUGCUAAGACGCAGGCGAUUGAAGCGGAAUCUCAGCGCCGCUCCGGCCGCGUCCGGAACCACCGCUGCCUCCUCCUCCUCGGCUGUCACGGCCGCCUGCAAAAUGAGUUCGGCCCUGUCCUCUGCGUCUCUGCACACCCGGAGUCUGGAUCGCAAGACCCUGCUCAAGCACCGGCAGAACAUGCAGCUGCAGCCCACCGACCGCGAGUGGGUGAGAACCGACCUCCACCGAGGCUCCAUCCACAUUUACGACAGACUAACGUCCUCGUCUCCCAGGCCGGUCCUCUGCACCGUAGACACCACGGCCGGGGAGGUCGCAAUACGCCUCAGCAAACUCUGCGGCAAGUCCAGCUCUGUCAUGCGCGUUAUUAGCAAAGACAAUCCUAAGAUGGACCAAAACGGCAAUUGCAGUGCCAAGUAUGAGUAUAACUACAAUCUGUGCAAGGUCAACGAAGACCCCGUUAUCAAAUAUGAUCACUUAUCUGACCUGGAAACAUCACAUUUAGGAGGUCACCCCGGUGACAAUUUGAGACUGCUGCUCAUGGCCAAUGCAGAUGAGAGGCAACAGGAUGGAAAACUGUUCAGCCCUGAGUCAGUGUCCCAAGACAACAUAACAUGCUCUCUUUCAGACUUAAACUUAAACUCCAACAUGGAUACGCCUAAUGAUGAUGACUCAGAGCACAGGAAUGGCACUGACAGCUACGGACUCAAUUCUGGCUCUGAUGUGGAGAGCAGCGCUUUUGACGACCUGAGCUCCGGGGCCCGGCUCAGCGAGCACAGGGAUUCCCUGAGCGACGACAUGAUUCUCGGCACGGAUGCGUCUAUCCUGAGCCCUUCGUUUGACAGCGCCACGGAGGGCCACGAUGUGUACGGCAGCUCUUCAGAUGAGCUCGAGCUGGACUGCCCUGCAUCCAGCUCCAGCCUGGAUCCCAUCUCCAACGGUGUCAGCUACAAGCAGUGCAGCAAUGUCUGUCUUAACGAUGUGGCCAACGGCCUGCCCACGAGCAGCAGUGCUGGCUCCUUGUCCAGAAAUAGCUCCACAGGUAACACACCUGACAUCCAGGACCCAGACUGCAAUGCUGGCAAAUCAGUGCUGACCCCUGGCCACAGCGGAGGCUCCUCAGAGGAAUCCAGCCCUAUGCUGUAUGUUCAGCUGCACGGCGAAGCAGUCAGGAGGCUUAGCCCAGAUGAGAGGCCCCUGCAGAUCCAGAAUGACUUUCUCUUUAAGCUUGGAUUUAAGGACCCUUGGAGAGUUCAAGAGGAAGGGCUUAACACAGAAAUCGGCUCCCUGCUACGUUUCUACGCAGGGAAACCCCAAAACAUUGAGAGCUCCGAGCGGGUCCAGCUGUCGGGGAUGUACAACGUCCGCAAAGGGAAGCUGCAACUGCCCGUCAACCGCUGGACCAGGCGGCAGGUUAUCCUUUGCGGGACCUGUCUCAUCGUCUCCUCUGUCAAGGAGAGCCAGACGGGGAAGAUGCACAUCCUGCCGCUCAUAGGAGGGAAAGUGGAGGAAGUAAAGAAGCACAAUCACUGUUUGGCCUUCAGCUCGGCCGGGCCCCAGAGUCAGACGUACUAUGUCAGCUUCGACAGCUUCACAGAACACCUCCGCUGGCACAGACAUGCUGCCAAGAUGGUGUCGCAGAGGAUCAACUCUGUGGAUCUGUCCUGCUGCAGCUUGGAACAGCUUCCCUCCAACCUCUUCUACAGUCAUGACCUCACCCAUCUCAACCUCAAACACAACUUCCUUCCCGCAGACCAGUGGCUGCAACAGCUGCAGAGGUUCUCUCGCCUGCGGAGUCUCAACCUGUCCAACAACCACCUCAGCCAGUUCCCGCUGGCAAUCUGUGACAUGCCCAUGCUGACUGAGGUCAAUCUCAGCUGCAAUUACCUGCUCUCGGUUCCCAGCUCUGUGGGGGCCAUGACCAAUUUGCAAACGUUUCUGCUCGACGGCAACAACCUGAGUAAACUACCCGAUGAGCUGGGCUCCCUGCAGAGGCUGUCGUACUUGGGCCUCUCCUUCAAUCAGUUCAGUCACGUGCCGCAGGUGCUCGAGCGGCUGGCCUCCAUAGAGAAGCUGUGCAUGGCCGGCAACAACCUGGAAACGCUCACCCUGCAGAACUUCCGGCUGCUCCGCGUCAAACACGUCGAUCUCAGGCUCAAUAAGAUCUCCAACAUGGUGCCGGAUGAACCUGACCUGCUAAGGCACGUCACUCAGCUGGACGUGAGGGACAACCGACUGACACAGCUGGAUGUCUCUGUGUUUCCCCGCCUCGAGGUGCUUCACUGCGAGAGAAACCGAAUCACCAGUCUCAAGGUCAAGGGCUGCCUGCUCAAGGGCAUCUACGCCUCCAACAACGAGCUGCAGAGCCUGGAAGUCAGUCCCGUGCCCUCCAAUCUUAAUUACAUGGACAUCUCGCGGAACCGUAUGGAGUCUUUGCCAGACUGGCUGUGCGAAGCGAAGAAACUGGAAGUGCUGGACGCCAGCCACAACCUUGUCGGCGAGCUCCCAGUGCGGUUGUUAUGCAGCAGCAGCCUGAGGAAGCUGAGCCUUGGGCACAACCAGUUGCAGAAGCUGCCCGAAAGGGUGGAGCGCCCCCUGCUGGAAGUUCUUGACGUGCACCACAAUCAACUGUUGGAGCUGCCCUGCAACCUGUUCCUCAAAUGUGUCAGCUUACGAUGCGUGAAUGCUUCAGCCAAUAAGUUGGAGCACUUGCCUCCCUCAACACUGUCUGAGGAGAGCCACAGCAUCCUGCAGGAGCUCUAUCUGACCAACAACCGCCUGACGGACAAGUGCGUGCCCAUGCUGACGGGCCACUCGCACCUUCGGGUUCUUCACAUGGCCUACAACCACUUGCAGACCUUCCCUGCCAGCAAAAUGGCCAAGCUGGAGGAGCUGGAGGAGGUCGACCUAAGCGGCAACACACUGAAAACUGUGCCCACUACCAUCAUGAACUGCCGGCGUAUGCACACGCUCAUUGCUCACUCCAACUCCAUUGAGGUCUUCCCUGAGGUCAUGCAGCUGAUGGAAAUGAAGUGUGUAGAUUUGAGCUGCAACGAACUGAGCGAAGUGACGGUGCCCGAGAAUUUGCCUCCCAAGCUUCAAGAACUGGACUUGACUGGAAACCCACGUCUCAACCUGGACCAUAAGACCCUUGAACAACUCAAUAAUAUUCGCUGCUUCCGUAUUGAUCCCCCGCCGACCUUCUCAUCGAACGAGGCACCUGGUGGGCCCGCCGUGUGGAGUCAUGGUUACACGGAGGCCUCAGGCGUAAAAAACAAACUGUGCGUGGCGGCGCUCUCGGUGAACCGGUUCUGCGGCAGUCGCGAAGCUCUUUACGGCGUGUUCGAUGGCGACAGGAACGUGGAGGUGCCCUACCUUUUACAGUGCACCAUGAAUGAUGUGCUGGCGGAGGAGCUGCACAAGACCAAGAGCGAAGAAGACUACAUGACCAACACGUUCCUUGUCAUGCAAAGGAAGCUGGGAACCGCCGGGCAGAAGCUGGGCGGCUCGGCAGCUCUUUGUCACAUCCGCCACGAUCCCACCGACCCCAGCGGCUGCUUUGUUCUGACGGCCGCCAAUGUGGGCAAGUGUCAGGCCAUACUGUGCCGCAACGGAAAGCCCCUGUCCUUGUCCCUGCUCCAUAAUGUCGGCGUGGAGGAGGAAUACCGCCGGAUCAGGCAGCACCGAGCCAUCGUCACAGAGGACAACAAGGUCAACGGUGUGACUGAUUCCACCCGCAUCAUGGGCUACUCCUUCCUCUAUCCGUCCGUCAUCCCGUCUCCCUACGUGCAGACAGUCACGCUCACCCCGCAGGACGAAUUCUUCAUUCUGGGCAGCCGUGGCUUGUGGGAUGCCGUGUCUCCCAGCGAGGCGGUGGAGGCGGUGCGGAACGUGCCCGACGGCCUGGCCGCCGCCAAGAAGUUGUGCACGUUGGCGCAGGGCUACGGCUGCACCGACAGCCUCAGCGCCGUAGUUGUCCAGCUCAGCGUCAGCGAAGACUGCUGCUCCUGCUGCUGCUCGGAGCCCCCCCGGCCGCCUCCCAGCCCCGGCUUGGGCCCCUACCCGCCGUCAUCGUCGGGCAUGAAGGAGCGCCCCUCGGACAGCUCCUUGCCCGUGCCGCCGUCAUCCUGCAGCGAGAUGAGCAGUGAGAUAAGCACCAGCGAGAUGAGCAGCGAGGUGGGCUCCACCGCCUCGUCUGACGAGCCCCCGCAGAGUUCCCUGGUGUUACUGCACGAGCAGGGCCACCACCCUCACCUGCACCACCAGGCCCACCCCACGACGCUGCAGCCCCAGCAGGCCCACGCCGCCGCCCAGCCCUUCCAGUAUCUGUUCACUGGCCCUGAGCUCCCUUCAGCCCGCAGCUGCUGCACGCUUCACCCCGGCUGCUUGGCCAGCUCCUUCCAGCGCCAGCUGUCCAGCGCCACUUUCUCCAGCGCCCUCUCAGACAACGGGCUGGACAGCGAGGACGAGGAGCCCAUCACCGGCGUUUUCUCCAACGGAAGCCGCGUGGAAGUCGAAGCGGAUGUUCACUGCCUCAAAUCUGAGUCCUCCACGUCAAAGCAAGCGUCUUCCUCCUCCGGCCACGAGUCCGGCGUGCUCCCUCUUCCACCGCCUCCUCCUCCACCACCAUGCACCCCCGAGCCCCCGGAUGAAGGAGUGGACAUGAGCAUAGCGGGUACAGAGAACGUGCCGGAGAGGGACGAGGCGUGGCAAUGUGGCGGCGAUGGCUCCAAGGCGGCGUUCGGAAAGCGGAGGGUCAACGGCUCGGUGGCUCGCCAGGAGAAGAGUCACAACCUCAUCGAGGUGGCCACCGACGCCCCCUCCAAGAAGUCUGGCGGGUAUUUCAACGCCCCGACACAGCCCGACCCAGACGACCAGUUCAUCAUCCCCCCCGAGCUUGAAGAGGAGGUCAAGGAGAUCAUGAAACAGCAUCAGCAGAAGCAGCAGAAGCCGCCCGGGACGGACCAGCCGGUGGACUACUUUGACACCCCGCUCUAGAAGACCAGCUCCAACCUCAUCUCAGCAUGCACGCAAUAUCCCGCCCCUCCCUCGCCAUCACCAUGACGACGCGCACACCUGAGGACUUCACACUUAUUUUCCAAACUGCCUUUCUGUUCCUGAGCAUUUUCUUUCCCAACUGCUCCCCCAAUGGAAAAACAUGCAGAUGUUGCCCUUUAAUAAAACUGGAUCCAUUGUGAACAUCCUCUUGUGUUCACACAAACGUUGGAGCAAUGGACCAUUGUUUUGUUUUGGGGUUUUUUUUUGUUUGUUUGUUUGUUUUGUUUUUUAGUUUAGACACCCCAGUAACCAAAACUAGUCUCUUUUUAGUCACAAAUACGUGUUAAUCUGAAUCCCACGCUUUGGUUGAACUUGUUUGAACUCACCAUAUCGUUUCACUUGAAAGCAGCAGAAACCCUUUUAAGAGCGACACACAUCAUCUUUUUACUCUCAACUUUGUGGAAUGGUACACCGGUAAUACCACACGUAACCGUUGUAGAUAGGGCACUUAAGAUACUGUAUUUCUUCAGUAAUUCAUGGCUCGGCCUAGAAAAUGGCAUAGACCUUUUUUUGUUGUUGUUGUUGGUAGAAACUAUGAAUACUAACUCCUAGGAGUUGCAUACUCUAUAUGGUGACUCGGUCACUUUUACUAAUCUUCUCUGAGAGAAAUGGUGAUUUGUGGGGUUUUUUUCCAAUGAUUGUAAAUAAGAGAAAUGUUGUAUCCAGAUGCUUUUAAAGGAUCAAUGUCAGUGAAGGUUUUAGUGGAGAAUGUGAGGGCAUUUGCUGUUAUCGAGGUUGACCAUGCCCAUUCCCUUCUUUUAUAUACCGUUUAGACAUACUACAAUAACAACACAUACAUGUGCAAUUGCAGUUCAAAACAUUUCAAGCAACAACACAAUUCUUUCCCUUCUUUGUUUGAUUUCAAUGUCCUGUAGUCAACACUGUAUCAAAUAAACACCAAUAGACUUUUUUUUGUUGGUUUUGUUUUGUUUAGGGUUUUUUUGUACACAUACAUGGAGAUUGACAUUCUAUUUUCAUAACACAGCCCCAUGUUACCGCCGGCAUGAUCAUGUCGAGUUUAAUAAUACAAACAAAAUAUAUAUCCACGUGGGAAAGAGACAACACAGAUGUUCCCGUCUUUGGUAUAAUAAAUUUUAAAUUUGUGAAUAUAAA